CUCGCAACAGAGGGAUUCCAGCUGUGCAUGUUUCUCUGUCCUUAAUGCCCUGGGGCUGUGGAGUUUGCCACAGAGGCUCUGGUUCUCCGUCAUGCAGCACUACUUCACUCAGGAGGAGGCAUGGCCGCAUGCAGCAGCGCUCUGACAAGUGUGUUUACUCUUGUUCUGUCCAUGCUCCUGCUCCUCCAGCUUCUGGUCAGUUUGAUAGUGCCGCGUGAUACGUCUGCACCUGACUUUACCGUCAUCAGUAUAAGUAGUCACGAAUCCGAGUCAUUAGACUCCAGUGUGGAUGGACGCCCGGACAGCGCGUCGAAACUUUGGCCAGAUGAAGAGACAGCGGAACGACUGCGCGCCUACGCCGACGAGAACGAGCUGAGCUCUCGCCAGGCCACAGACAGAAAACUUGUGCUUCAGCCUUGGGCAUCAGGACAACCAUCCUUAAGUGCUGAAGUUCAACGUCUUAUACAAUUCAUUACUACACCAGAGGUGAAUUGUUCCAGAUGGCCGGGUUCUGGCGAAUCUGGGUCUGCAUAUGUUGGGGAAAGUUCUGAGGCUUUGUGCUUGAAUUACUGGGCCAAUAGCCAUCCUUGUGUCGCUUACUCUUUCAGUUUGGAUGGGAAGGAUGCAUUGAUCCUGGAAUCCACAUUAAGUAUGAGAUGUGAGGUGCAUCGCUUUGACCCUAGUACUCGGCACAAACACAGUAGUGGCUCUGAACAUGGAUUUGUCCAGCACCAUCAAGCUUGGCUUGAUUGGAGACGCCCCCGCACUCGACCUCACAGAGGAGUUUUGGGGACUAUACCUCGCAGCCUAGUGGACAUCAUGGACUCACUGGGCCACAGCAUGGUGCAUGUUCUGUGGGCAGAUCUGGAGAGUGCAGAAUGGCGUGUGUUGGAGAGUUGGGUGCAGGACGGAAUUCUCAGACGAAUCGGUCAGCUCAUUGUAACUGUACAUCUACAGUGGGCAGGGUUUGAAGUGGGUGGGACCGAAGCAGAAGUAGUACGAUUCUGGUACAGUGUACUGAGAGCUCUGCACAGUGCAGGCUUCCGCCUGACACACUCAGUUCCUGGCCCUGGGCACACUGUACUACGAAAAGAACUUCCCAAUACGCACAGCUCAUACAAACUUACUUGGGUCAGGAGAGGUGAACAGUUCUAAUGAUUACCAGCAAUUCCCCAGACUCAUCAGGAAAAUGGCUGUAAAUGCACAUGCUGUGAAAGGAUCAAGUAACCUCUUUAAAAGAGGAAUUAGGUUGUUAUUGUUGUUGUUGACAUUGAAGUAUUUUGUACAAUAGUGUUUGAAAAGGAGUGGUGACAAUAAAAAAUGCAUGUGUAUUGUAUAUGAACAUUGCCUUUAAACACAUUAAAAAAAAAUCAUUGUUCAUUACCACUUACUUACAAUUAAUACAUACAUGAAUGUGUUCACAAACAUCCAGUCUUCUUUUAACUGUAAGAUUAGAUUCAUUAAACAUUAGAUUGAUAUUUUUUCUAUUCCUAUACUUUUAAAUUAAAUAUUUUAAAUUACUUUUCUUUCCAUUUACAGUUUUUAUAGUGUAUUGAAAGAGCACUCCCAGGAAAAUGUCCUGUUCCUGAGGUACUGUGUAUCUUUUUAAUUGGGAAGGUGUUUGUACUGUACUUCCAAAAUCAAAUUAUAGUUAAUUAAACGGUGGGCCAUAAAAUCCAAAUGUGUACAUGAAAUCAUUUUUAAAGGUAAAAUCAUGUUCACUUUGACUUGACUUGAUGAUGAAAUAUAGUGUUGAUAAAAUGCUGAAAUAAAGGAAAUUUGAGGGUACCACUCAAGUGACAAGGAGAGUAAGAUUGUGAGUGUUUAACACUGUCAAUUUGCCAAAUCUGACUGAUCAAUAAAAAGUACCAAUAAUUCAUGUAAUUAUCAAAUAUUAUUUCAUGAUGCACGGGAUUGAAUUAUUUCAUCCAUAUUUGAUUCAAAUAUCUGAUGCAUUUACAGUAAAGUGUCUUUUUUAUUUUAUUUGAAAGGUUUAAACAUAAAUUUAUUUAGUUAUUUGCUUAUUUAUUUCUUUACAGAGAUAUUGUAUUAUUGCACUACCUAUACUCUAGUUCCUCAAAAAAAAACAAAUUUCUUAAAGGGUCACUUGGAUGGUUAAUGGUUUUUACACCAAUCAGGCAUAACAUUAUGAGCACUGAGAGGUGAAGUGAAUAAGACUGAUUAUCUCCUCAUCAUGGCACCUGUUAGUGGGUGGGAUAUAUUAGGCAGCAAGUGAACAUUUUGUCCUCAAAGUUGAUGUUAGAAGCAGGAAAAAUGGACAAGCGUAAGGAUUUUAGCGAGUUUGACAAGAGCCAAAUUGUGAUGGCUAGAUGACUGGAUCAGAACAUCUCCAAAACUGCAGCUCUUGUGGGGUGUUCCCGGUCUGCAGUGGUCAGUAUCUAUCAAAAGUGGUCCAAUGAAGGAACCGGCGACAGGAUCAUGGACGGUCAAGGCUCAUUUAUGCACGUGGGGAGAGAAGGCUGGUCCGUGUGAUCCGAUCCAACAGACGAGCUACUGUUGCUCAAAUAGCUGAAGAAGUUAAUGCUGGUUCUGAUAGAAAGGUGUCAGAAUACACAGGGCAUGAAGGCUCAGGGCUGUUUUAGCAGCAAAUGGGGGACCAACACAAUAUUAGGCAGGUGGUCAUAAUGUUAUGCCUGGUCAGUGUACGUGGGUGUGACUUGGAUCAAUGACAUUUCAUAUCCCAAUAAGUAUUUUACCUACAAUAAGUUUAAACAUAACAGAAUAAUUAAUUUAAUGGCAAAAUGAAUCAAUUUUAAGUAAAUUUUACUGUGUUCCACUAGGGGGAGUUGCAGCAGCCUUUAUUUUGUACAUGAAAUUACAUUUAAUUUUGAAUAUCAACUAACUAGUCCAUAGACUAUAUCCAUACACAGUUUACAGGCUACUCAAAAACAUACUCAAGCUGACUGUGGACAAAAAUUAUAUAUUAUAUAAGAGUAUAUAUUGGACAAAAAAAUGAAACCCUGCACUAAAAAUUAAAAACGUUUGAAUUUUGAAGAUUAAACUCUUAGAUAAAACUGACUAUAAUGACAUUAUGCAUUUCCAGUUGCAUUAUUGAAGUGGACAUCAUGGUCAUUAAAGGUAUGGAAUAAUGUUCAUAAAUUCAUAUUUGGUACUGACUUUCUUUUGUUUGAUCCUUAGAUGGUGUAUGAGGUGCCCUCUAGUGACCAAGUGUGGUUACAGCUGCAUGCACUGAAAGCACAGAGUAACAUACUGUGUUAUUGUGGAAAUGCAAACGUCUGUCUUUGUAUAUUCUAUGCUACUUUCUUAUUAGAUUUAUUAACCAUGACAUUUGUUGACAUAUAUAUUAAACGUAAAUGCACUAAAUAGAGAUGAAGGUGAAAUGAAUGAGGUUGUGCAAAUGUCGAAUGAUCAACAGACACAAAAACACAUUUGGUUGCAGUCCUAUAAAUUUAUAUGUGGUAUAUUUUAAUAUGCAAUCUCAUGAUCAGAAAAUUCCUCCAGCAUUUAAUUAUAAGAGGAAGCAUGAAUUUAUGGGAUUAGACAUGAAUACAUCUUUUUUUUUGUCAUUUAUACCAGCUUUUCUACUGUGAAACUUACAUG